AUGAAGUCAAAAUGGGCGGAGAGGAUGUGGACACUGCAGGAAGCAGUAUGGUCCAACAGUCUCUUGGUGUUUACUGGAGAAGCCAUCUUUGAUCUGCGGGGAGUGCAUCAUCUAGGAGAAGCGCGGUUGAACGAAGACAUAGCUGGAGACUGGGCGGGACCCAACGGUGUGCUGAGCGAAUUGCGCAGAAGGUGUAACGACACCAUACUGGCAGACAGAGCCCUCGUCAGUACCUGGGCAGAGCCAUGGGAAUGCGUUCCAACACUGGCUGAGAAUAUUGACACGCUAUUGGAAGUGGCAGCACACAGACAGUGCGCCCGGCCAAACGAUAAGAUUUACGCACUCCUUGGACUCACCAAACACAACGACUUUUGGAUCACGUAUAACGAGUCUGUCGAAAGCACCCUGAUACGAGCAAUCAACGCCGGGGUAGUUUCAUGGCCAGUGUUGACCAUGGUAAAAACCGAGGAGGGAAGCCAGAACUGCUGGAUGCCAAACCUCAAAGAGGCAGUUCGUGUGCCAGAGGCUAACAGCAGCAUCAGGACUAUAGACAUGGUUGAGCAGAUGAUCAAAUUGGACGGGUUCAUUGCUGAUACCGAAGAGCUGAAGAGUCAAGUGGAAAUUCCUGAUAGCCAUUCUAGCAACCAAAUACUUUUGGUUGUACCAGGAAUAGGUGGCACCGAUAGCCUGGCAAUGCGAGCAGAGGUUGUGAAGGAUAGGGUCCUCCAUAGGACGGGAGCUUGGCGUAUCAAGAUGAGUGAAGAACUCAAGAACGCUCAUCAAGAAGAGAUAGGGACAUACUUGGUUGGUGCUACACUGCUCCAGGCUUGA